AUGGAGACAAUCAAGGAGAUCGUCCGCGACGCGCCUUUUGGCCAACUCGUCCGUUACGCAACACGCAACCGGUUCUUCAAGUAUCCAGAAGAGCUACCCGGUUUCGAAAUCCCAUCUGCAUACACCGACGUCGAGAAACUUCCCUCCCAAACCCCAGGAGUUGAAGGGACUUCGACACGCAACUCAACCUCAACCAUCCCACUUCCAUCGCACGCUCUCCCUUUCAGCCCCUCACGCCUCGAAGCCGACCUAGCCCUCCAUGCCACCCACUCACCCGUCCACUCAAUCGCCCCCGUCAAGACAGCCGACGGCCUCAUACUAGCAGAGUGGUACACCACGACCGACACUGCGAACCCACAGAACUGGUCGCAGGGCAAGAAGGCAUGGACUGCGUUCUUGAUCUGUCUGUAUACGUUCAUUGUGUACGCGGGUAGCUCCAUCUAUGUUAGUAGUACGUUGUUGGUUAUGAGUGAGUUUGGGGUGGGGGCGUUUAAGGCGAGCUUGGGGUUGGCGCUUUAUGUGCUUGGUAAGUUUUUCUUCGGUGAUGAGGGAGGCUGCGAGAUGGGACGGAUAGCUAACGGUGUGUAG